ACCCCCACAUACACGACAUACGGACAUCAGAACCAGAAAAACAAGGAACCUGAAGCAACCAAUCACCCAUGGCUUCUUCUUCUACCAAACUCGUCUUCUCUCCUCCCUUCACCUCCUCUCCUUGCUCGAAAUCUUCUCCCAAAUCAUCCUCUCUUCUCUCGUUCCUCCAUCACACCACCUCCACGCCCGUCUCCUUAAAACUGUCGCAUUCUCCAUCUCAUUCUCGUUGCAGUGCUUCCUUUGCUGUCAGCAACGUCCUAAAGACGGUAACAUCAACCGAAACCUCGGUCCUCAACUACCCACAAGAUCUCGACUCUGGAAGCUCAAAUCCAAGACCAACAAUCUUGGUCUCCGAGAAACUCGGAGAAGCGGGUCUGGAAGUGUUACGUAGUUUUGGCAACGUAGAAUGUUUGUACGAUCUCUCGCCCGAUGAUCUUUCCUCCAAGAUCUCGUCAUGCGACGCGCUGAUUGUGAGGAGCGGUACCAAGGUGACCAGGCAGGUGUUCGAGGAAGCGAAAGGGCGGCUGAAGGUGGUGGGGCGUGCUGGGGUGGGCAUUGACAAUGUAGAUCUGCAAGCCGCCACGGAGUUCGGUUGUCUUGUCGUUAAUGCGCCGACAGCCAAUACGGUGGCCGCAGCCGAGCAUGGGAUUGCUUUGCUCACUGCUAUGGCUAGGAAUGUCGCGCAGGCCGAUGCAUCUGUCAAGGCUGGAAAAUGGCAACGUAGCAAGUAUGUUGGCGUCUCUGUGGUUGGAAAGACUUUAGCAAUUAUGGGUUUUGGGAAAGUUGGUUCUGAAGUUGCGAGGCGUGCCAAAGGCUUGGGAAUGCAUGUUAUUGCGCAUGAUCCAUAUGCCCCAGCCGAUAGAGCCCGUGCUUUAGGUGUGGAGUUGGUAUCUUUUGAUCAGGCCGUCUCCACAGCGGAUUUCAUCUCUCUCCACAUGCCACUCACUCCUACCACUUCAAAGGUAUUCAAUGAUGAAACAUUUGCAAAGGUGAAGAAAGGAGUGCGAAUCAUCAAUGUUGCUAGGGGCGGAGUUAUUGAUGAAGAUGCAUUAGUUAGGGCCCUCGAUAGUGGCGUUGUUGCUCAGGCUGCACUUGAUGUUUUCACAGAGGAGCCUCCACCCAAAGAAAGCAAGUUAGUGCAGCAUGAGAAUGUCACUGUCACACCUCACCUCGGAGCUAGCACAAAGGAAGCACAGGAAGGUGUGGCUAUUGAAAUAGCAGAGGCUGUAGUAGGAGCGUUGAAAGGGGAGCUUUCUGCAACUGCUGUCAAUGCUCCCAUGGUCCCCGCUGAGGUUCUGUCAGAGUUGUCACCUUAUGUCGUGCUAGCUGAGAAGCUGGGAAGGCUAGCUGUACAGUUGGUGGCUGGAGGGAGCGGCAUAAAAAAUAUAAGGGUGGUCUAUAGAUCUGCCCGUGACCAGGAUGACCUGGACACAAGACUCCUCCGGGCUAUGAUCACAAAAGGCAUAAUCGAGCCAAUAUCAGCCUCAUUUGUUAACCUGGUCAAUGCAGAUUUUACUGCCAAACAAAAAGGUCUUCGCAUAAGUGAGGAAAGGAUAGGCAUUGACUCAUCUCCAGAGUUCCCUGUCGACUCGAUUCAGGUGCAAAUAUCCAAUGUGGAUUCUAAAUUUGCAAGUGCUGUUUCAGAUAGUGGAGAUAUAAGCAUUGAGGGAAAAGUGAAAUAUGGAAAACCCCACCUGACAUGUGUGGGAUCCUUUGCUGUGGAUGUGAGCCUGGAGGGAAACCUCAUUUUAUGCAGGCAGGUGGAUCAACCCGGCAUGAUUGGCCACGUUGGAAACAUACUAGGUGAGCACAAUGUGAAUGUGAGCUUCAUGAGCGUGGGAAGGACUCACCGCAGGAAACAGGCCAUUAUGGCUAUUGGUGUGGAUGAAGAACCAAAUAAGGAGACCCUUCAAAAAAUAGGAGGGGUGCCUGCAAUCGAAGAGUUCGUCUUCCUCGAACUGUAGAUGAAAAUCAUCGAAGAUCCUUUACCUAGAGAUGAAAUUCUCGCUCGUGUUAGAAUGCCAAGUACUUCAUUUCUUUAGGAAUGCCCAUAUUGGCUUUAUGGUGGCGGACAUGAGAAUAAAUAAAAGCUGGCCGCUUUACAAAAUACAGCAGUCUGCUUAGUCCUAGAUUGUAUAAAAUCCUGUCACCAUGCAAGCUGAUAUUAUAUAUACUAGAGGGCAUGGGCGUUAGUAGUUUUAUUUGUUUUCAUAGUCUGGUGGUGAUAUUUUCUUCGUCUUCUCGAGUGAUUUUUGUUGCUGUUUUAACUUUUACUCCAUGUACUUGCGGGUGGUGGUCAGAGUGGUUCACUGGUGCAGUGGUGUGUAAUUCUGGCUGAUUCAGCUGUUCAAUGAGCUUCCUUGUAAUGAAAGUAAUGUUUCCCACUUUCUGUAAAA